AUGACGGACAACCAGAAGCACUCCCUAGCUUCGACGACGUUGCUGCUCGGGCUACUGCUCGCGGUGCUGCUCCUCGCGGCCACGCCGGCUCCCUCGGCAGCCGAGAAGGGCUCCGGCAACGGCAACGGCGGGCCGGUGAUCGGCAUCGACCUGGGCACGACCUACUCGUGCGUGGCCGUGUACCGGAACGGGCGCGUGGAGAUCAUCGCCAACGAGCAGGGCAACCGCAUCACCCCCUCCUGGGUCGCCUUCACCGACUCCGGUGAGCGCCUCAUCGGCGAGGCCGCCAAGAACCAGGCCGCAGCCAACCCGCUCCGCACCGUCUACGACGCCAAGCGACUCAUCGGCAAGCAGUUCGGCGACUCCGAGGUGCAGCGGGACAUGAAGCUGCUGCCGUUCAAGGUGGUGGACAAGAACGGCAAGCCGCACCUCGAGGUUGAGGUGAAGGCCGGCGACGUGCGGACGCUCAGCCCGGAGGAGGUGAGCGCGAUGGUGCUCACGAGGAUGAAGGAGACAGCCGAGGCGUAUCUAGGCGAGAAGGUCCGGGACGCCGUGAUCACCAUCCCGGCCUACUUCAACGACGCGCAGCGCCAGGCCACCAAGGACGCCGGCCUCAACGUCGUUCGCCUCAUCAACGAGCCCACUGCCGCCGCCAUCGCCUACGGCCUCGACAAGGUGGCCGACGGGAAGGAGCGGAACGUGCUGGUGUUUGACCUCGGCGGCGGUACCUUCGACGUGAGCGUGCUCGCGCUCGACGGUGGCGUCUUCGAGGUCCUCGCCACCAACGGCGACACCCAUCUCGGCGGCGAGGACUUCGACCAGCGCGUCAUGGACCACUUCAUCCGGCUCGUCAAGCGGAAGCACGGCGUCGACAUCUCCGGCGACGCGCGCGCGCUCGGCAAGCUCCGCCGCGAGUGCGAGCGCGCCACGUGGUUCUGGAACCCACGUGGUUCUGAUCGAGGCUGUCGAUGUCGGAGUACCCCUCUUAAAAGUGUAAAAGUGUGA